CCAACAACUCAACAGAGCAUGAAACUUUACAGGAAAAAGUUCUGCCUUACAUUUACUACUUUAUUGGCAUCGGUGUUGGCUCUUUUAUAUGCAGCUUUUUUGCUAUCAGCUGUUGGACAUGGGCGGCAGAAAGACAGAUAAACGCGCUAAGAAAAAAGUUUUUUCGUUCUGUCAUGAGCCAAGAGAUGGGCUGGUUUGAUGUACAUGAUGGAGGGGAGAUAAGCACAAGAUUUUUAGAGGAUGUGAAUAAAAUAGCUGAAGGGAUGGGAGAUAAAGUGGCCAUGUUCCUGCAGUUGAUGGCCAAAUGUGCAGCGGCCUACGUGAUCGCCUUCACAAAAUCGUGGAAGUUGACAUUAGUUGCUGCUGUAUUUAGCCCUCUGCUAACACUGGCUAUGGUUUUGACUGUCAGGGUGAAGAAUAGGAUGGCCAUAAAGGAGAGUAAUGCUUACGCCAAAGCUGGGCACAUUGCUCAUCAGGCCCUGAGGUCAAUACGGACUGUACAAGCUUUUCAAGGUCAAGAGAAAGAAAAAGAAAAGUAUAAAGAAAAUUUAAAUACAGCUGUUCUAGCAGUAACAAAACAAGGUCUUCUCUUGGGCAUGGGUGAAUCUCUCUUGUGGUUUUUGAUUUUCCUGAUGUUUGCUGGGGUCAUGUGGUUUGGAAUUUACCUGGUACAAAAAAAGGACAGUCAACUGUCAGGAGGAAUUUUACCUGUGUUCUUCUGCGUGAUGACUGGCGCAAAUGCUCUUGGCAAUGCCUUCAACAGUCUUGAAAGCUUUUCAAAUGCCCGUAGUGCUGCAUCUAAAAUCUUUUCGGUAAUUUCUAUGGUACCAAAAGUUGAUUCUUUCUCUGACUUGGGACAUAAGCUUACAUCCUUAGCAGGUGACAUUGAGUUUAGAGAUGUUCGGUUUGCCUACCCUGCUAGACCUGAUGCGAUGGUGCUUCAGAAAUUAAACUUGACCAUUAAUGCUGGUCAACAUGUAGCCUUUGUUGGCCCUAGUGGGUGUGGCAAAUCUACCUCAGUCCAGCUGAUUCAAAGGUUCUAUGAUCCUCUAGAGGGAGCUGUGUUGGUUGAUGGGCAUGAUGUAAAAGAAUUGAAUUUAAAAUGGCUUCGUUCAAAUAUUGGAGUGGUUAGCCAGGAGCCAUCUUUGUUUGAUGCCUCCAUUGAGGAGAACAUAAGAUUUGGCAGGAUGGAUGCGACAGAACAUGACAUUCAUCAAGCAGCCAAAGAGGCAAAUGCUCAUGAUUUUAUCAUGUUACUUCCUGAGGGCUACAAAACUAAUGUUGGUGAGCGAGGAGCACAACUUAGUGGAGGACAGAAACAAAGAAUUUCAAUAGCCAGAGCACUGGUCAGGAAUCCAAAGUUACUUCUGCUUGAUGAAGCUACGUCUGCUUUAGAUCAAGAAAGUGAAGCUGUUGUUCAAAGCGCUCUGGAAAAGGCCCAACAUGGUAGGACAACAAUUACCAUAGCACAUAGGCUGUCAACAGUAAAGAGAGCUGACAAAAUUGUGGCCAUUAGUAAUGGAGAAGUUGUUGAGGAAGGGACACAUGAAGAACUUAUGAUAGCUCAGGGGCUUUAUUAUCAGUUGGUUGAAAUGCAGAAUAAAACAGCCAAACAGUCAGAUAAAGAUCUAGAUGUUUCUGAUAUAGAGAUUGUUGAGGAAGAAGAUGGUGAUGGUGAGUUUAGUGAAGAAGAGCUUCUGAGAUCAUCAUUCAAGAAAAAAAUAAACAAACAAGACAGAGUCAUUGAAAAAGAGGUUUAUCUAGUUGCCAGAAAAAGCAUCAGAAAAUCUAAGAAGAAAUCCAAGAAAGGGAACAAUGAAACUUCAGUUAUGGAUAAGGAGGAAAGCCCAAGCUUUUUAAAGGUUAUGAAAUUCAAUGCACCAGAGUGGCAGCUGAUUGUGCUAGGGUGUAUUGGAUCUGUUUUAUUUGGAGUCAUUCAUCCAGCCUUUUCAUUUCCUUUUAGUGAAUUUAUCAAGGUUUUGAGUGUGAGAGAUAAUACAGAACAGUGGAAUCAAACCCAUGUACUCGCAAGUAUUGUUAUUGCCAUGGCUGUAAUUUCUGUUAUUGUUAAAAUGUUGCAGCGCUAUUGCUUUAUUAGAUCAAGUGCUUUGCUAAUAGCUCGUCUUCGUGAAAAAACUUUUGAAUCUCUUCUCAACCAAGACAUGGACUACUUUGACUUACCAAACAACCAGGUUGGAGCUCUUACUACCAAACUUUCUGGAGAUGCUUCUAUGUUACAGGGGGCAACAGGUUCAAGAAUAGGCCUGGUGCUUGAGGCAUCUUCGACCAUUGUCUGUGCUAUUUGCAUUGCUUUUAUCUUUGGCUGGAAAUUGGCCUUUGUAGUUUUGUCGUUCACGCCUCUGAUAAUUAUUGGAAUGUUCAUUCAAGGCAAAGUGAGUUCUAAGGACAAUGAUCAGCUGCAAGGUGCUGCACAGACCUUCUCAGAAGUGGUGGACAAUAUCGCAACUGUUGUGUCUUUGGGAAGAGAAGAUCACUUUGAAAGCAUCAUUAGAAAACAGAUAGAUGUAACUACAAAAUCUCGCAGAAAAAUAUGUGUUGUCUGUGGCUUCACCAGUGGAGUUAAGAACUGUUUAGUGUACUUGGCUAUUGCACUGGCCUUUUAUUAUAGUUCGCAUCUCGUAAAUAAUGGAGAAAUGGAGUUCCAUGAAGUAUUGAGGGUAUUAGCUGCCAUUAUUUUUGGAGUAACGACGUUGGUUGAAAAACAGUUUUCUAGUAGUGUGGACUACACCAGAGCUAAAAUAGCAGGUGCUCGCAUCAUUAGUAUCAUCAACAGAAAGCCAAAGAUUGAUGUCAGGGAGACAAGUGGACAGAAAAUUGCCAAUUUCAUUGGGUGUCUGCAGCUAGAGAAUGUCAACUACUUUUACCCAAGUCGGCCCAACGCUACAGUUCUAAAUGGUCUGAACCUGACCAUUAAUUAUGGAGAGACAGUUGCUCUAGUUGGUGCUAGUGGCUGUGGGAAAAGUACCACCGCCCAACUGAUUGAAAGAUUCUAUGAUGUUGUCCAAGGGGCUCUGCUGGUGGAUGGGCAUGAUGUAAAAAAUCUGAACUUGGCCUGGUACAGACAGCAACUUGGUAUUGUAUCCCAGGAGCCCACACUGUUUGACUGCAGUAUCGCAGAGAAUAUUGCUUAUGGGGACAACUCCAGGGUUGUUCCCAUGGCAGAGAUCAUAGAGGCAGCAAAGAAAGCAAACAUUCACACUUUUAUAUCCAACCUGCCCCAGGGUUAUGACACAAAUGUAGGGGAGAAAGGGGCACAACUCAGUGGUGGACAAAAACAGAGAAUUGCCAUUGCUAGAGCCCUUGUUAGAAACCCAAAAAUACUUUUACUUGAUGAGGCCACAUCAGCUUUAGAUUCAGAGAGUGAAAAGGUAGUUCAAGAGGCUUUAGACAUUGCCAGCCGUGAUAGAACAUGUGUAACAAUCACUCACCGUUUGUCCACAAUUCAAAAUGCCAAUAAAAUUGCUGUCUUCGGCAAAGGAAAAGUAAUUGAAAUUGGCAACCAUCAGCAGUUGUUUGAUGCCAAGGGAGCUUACUACAGAUUGGUAAUGGCCCAAAAUAGGCCACACAAAACAUCUUUAAGAAUUUCAACAACCUGACAUGUUUACAGAAAGUCCUGAUUUUCUAUUUACAUUUCCAGAACCAAUUAUUUGUAUAUCAGCUCGGUAUAACUAAAGUAAGAUGGUAAUAUCUUAACA